UUUCCCUCCAUUCAUAAUCCUCGCGUCCAUUUCUUCAUUCUCCCACAUAUACCCCCUCCCUCUUCCUUACUACAUUCAUAUAUACUUUCACAGCUCAUUAUGCUAGACCCAAUACCCCGGAGUGUGUCCGAAAUGACAGCACAGGAAGAGGAGCACGAACGCAACAACUUCUCACCCUUUACAGAAUACAUUGAUCAUUCAAAACAUGAUCCAGAAAAGGUGGUCGAAGUCAGUCCCAAUGGUCGAUAUGCCAAGCUAAAUUCAGUUCUCGGGAAGGGUGCAUACAAGAUUGUGUACAAGAGCAUUGACCGCGAGGAAGGCUAUGAGGUUGCCUGGAACUGCUUCCAGACCACGAAACAAGAAUACGCUGAACUCUCGCAGGAAGUUGAGAUUCUGAAACGUGUACGCCACCCCAAUAUCAUUAAUUUUCACGAUUGUUGGUACAGCAACAAUACAGAGUUCAUUUUUAUUACUGAGCUCAUGACCUCUGGUACUUUGCGAGAAUAUAUCCGUAAACUACAAACCCCAAAUCUUAAAGUAAUCAAACGCUGGUGUAGACAAAUCCUCAAGGGGCUUAUUUAUCUCCACUCUUAUGAUCCCCCAAUCAUUCAUCGUGACAUCAAAUGCGACAAUAUUUUUAUCAAUGGCGCCCAUGGAGAAGUCAAGAUCGGAGACAUGGGUACCGCAAAGAUGAAGAUUGGCAAAAAAUACACUGUCAUUGGCACCCCUGAAUUCAUGGCACCAGAAAUGUAUGAGGAGAAGGGUUAUAGUGAAAAGGUCGAUAUAUAUGCCUUUGGCAUGUGCUUGCUAGAGAUGGUAACCGGUGACUAUCCCUACAACGAAUGUAAAAACGCUGCACAAAUCUACAAAAAGGUCACACAGGGACUCAAACCUGAAUGUCUUAGUAGGAUCAUCGAUCCUGAAGUCCUUAAUUUAAUACAACACUGUCUUGCUCCCGAAAACGAGAGAUACUCGGCACAGGAGGCAAUUGAUGAUGCUUUCUUAGGUGUGGAACCCGAGGUAGUCCUGUUAUCCACUAAUGAAGCUAAAAACCAUUUGACGCUGCAGGUAGUUGUUAAGGGUAUGGAUAAACUUUCUGUAAAAUUUGAGUUUAAUGCCGAUACGGAUACGGCAGAAGAAGUCGUCAACGAAAUGAUCGAAGAGGAUGUCCUACCACAAAAGUACCAGAGAAUCAUUACACAUGAUAUCAAUCGGAUAUUGCGCGAGCUGGCAGGGACAGGCGACAAAAAGGAUAGUGCCGGUCUCACUCCUUCAUCACCGAUGCUGUAUACAAAUGGCCAUAGCAUCAUUAAUGGUAUCUCGCAUUUAACCCUCGAUAAUGGCUCCGGCAGUCCACAUUCCUUUAUAAGAUCUACCAGUAACUUGUACCGUAAAACCUCAAAUGCAGAUUGGGCCACGACAGAAGAGGAGAUUCCAUUCAAAGAAUAUAGUAUGGAUGCUCCUAUCGAGGAUUUGGUCAACGACACUGCGAUGGCGUACCACCGUGGACCGGAUAAAGCAAAUGAAUGGCUUGCUAAACUCAAGAACCAAGAUAUUAUGACAAUUGGGGAUCUUAAAGACCUACAGGAUUCAGACUGGGCAGGAUUUGAUCUCACUGUCUUUGCAUCUAGAGCACUUCGCAAUCGAUUGUUUGGCAAGCGACCUAACAUUCUAACCCGGAGUUCCUCAAAUGGCGUUUCGGAUGAUGGCAAUCUUUAACCUCUAUGAAGGAUACACAUUUUGCUUUCUAGGCCAAUAUCCUGGCACGACCUCUUUGUUUACCUUCUUGCUUCAGAUAAAUGUAGAGCACAUGCCGUUCAUGAAGAGUGACCCCCUCCAAAAAAAACAGCAACAAUUAUAAUUUACUCUAAACUCAGUUUCAAUAGAUUUUACACCCCCACUCUUAUUAUUUUAUUACAAUGUACAU